CCACCGUCCGUCCAUCUUUAAACCGAAGCGCCAUCCUCCCUCCUAGCCCACCACUGUCCCCGCCCAGCCUUCUCCCGAAGUGGAUAUCCAUAGCCUUCCACCGCUCAAUUAGUCUCCCCGAUUCUUUCUUCCAUUCUUCCUUUCUUCCAUUCUUUCUUCGACCCUCCCCCCCCUUUCCCUACACCUCACCUCAUCUCCUCGUUGCUGGCCGUUCAGCAACAGCAGCAGUUCCAGCUUCUGUCUCGAUCUUCCCCUACCCCUACCCCUUCGCGCUCAUCCAUACCACCAACCAAGAGCCGUCGACUGUCCGACCUACCCGCCAUGGCUCCUCCUCCUCCCUCGAACUUGCCUCUGACCGAGAGGCUGAAGGCUCUGGCCCAGACGUUGCAGUUUGCGUGGUUCGUUGGACAUGUGACGUUGCUGCUGUCGGUCAUCCGUUAUCUCCUGUCCUACAUCACCUUCAACUACUACUCUUCCUCCGCGCAGGCGGCCUACCGCCUUGCGUUUGUCUCGGCUGCUGCAACAUACGGAAUCGUGGUGUACAAGGGACACAUUGCCCGCGGCCGCCUCCAGGGCAGCGUGCCUAACAUUGCGCUGAAGCUGGCUGGUGACGAGAAUGUUCAGUACCUUGCCAUGGCUUUGGUUUGGCUGUACUCGCGCCAGAUUUCGUUGGCUUUGCUUCCCUUCAGCGUCUACUCCCUCUUUCACGUCGCGACCUACACCCGUGCCCACCUGAUUCCUACCAUCCAGGGCCCCGCCCAAGGCGCUGCCGUUCCGGGAUCCCCCGCUUCUCCCAGCGCGCCCCGGCCUGCCGCGAGACCGUCUCCUUUGGCUGAUAGCAUUGGGCGGUUCGUCAAGCAGUACUAUGACUUUAGCAUGCACGUCGUCGCGCAGCUGGAGGUCGCACUGCUGGUCCGCUUGGUCGUGGGGAUCCUCACCUUCAGCAAGGGUAGCUUCCUUCUGCUGGCCUUCUACCUGGCUUUCUUCCGCGCGCGGUACGCCCAGAGCUCUUUCGUUCAGCAGUCUGUCCGCUACGCCAUUGCGAGAAUCGAUUCGUGGAUCUCCCACCAGAGCACCCCGCCCGUUGUGCGUCAGAUAUGGGAGUCGUUCAAGGGUUUCGUGCGCCAGGCCUACGAGGCUACGGAUCUCAACCGCAUGGCCUCCGGAGCGGGUGCCAAGAAGCCUCAAUAAAGGACCGCUAGUAUGGGUAGUGGCGACUCCAGGAUGUGUGCCGGAAUUGGACGAAUCACCCCGUGACCAGCCGGGCAUGGGCCUGGUUGGGUCUGACGGGAGCCGUGUGUUCUGGAAGUUGGCUACUAUGACUGAUGAGCAUCUAAUGAAUUAACGGCCUCCUGUAUCAUCGUUUGGUGAGACGCGUGGCCAUUUUAUGAACGCCGGGGAUGGAGAAUCGUGGGGAUGGGGGAGCGCAAAUGCGAGGAAGUAGCUUCGAUCCAGGUAUUUUUAAUUGCUCGGGAGUACGUCAAGUGUGGGGGGAAGUGUAUGCGCGAUGUCUCAACAACAUUCUUGUCCUUGAAUACGUCUCAUUGUUUAUAUACUAUCAAUGCGACAGUAUAAUGCUAUUGACCGUCC